AUGUGCAAUCAAAUUGCCAUUAAUGUCUACUGUCGACCGGGAGAUGAAGUCAUCUGUGAUCGAUCAAGCCAUAUCAUCAACUACGAGGCAGGUGGCCCAGCCGCGAAUUCAGGGGUCAUGAUCCGUACAAUUGAUGGACGGCGCGGGAUUUUUGAAGCCGAGCAAGCGGUAGAGCAAUAUGGCCUCUGUCUACACUUCAGGAGGUCGCUGCGGUUGCCAAACAGGCCGGGAUGGCAACACAUAUGGAUGGCAACACAUAUGGAUGGCGCCCGUCUGCUCAACGCUGUUGCGGCUACCGGUAUUUCAGCAGCAGUGUAUGCUGAACCGUUCGACUCAGUCUGGAUUGACCUAAGAAAGGGGCUUGGAUGUCCGAUAGGAGCGGUGCUUUGUGGCUCUGCAGGUUUUGUUCAAAACGCGUGGCAGUUAAAGCAGAGGUAUGGGGGCGCAAUGAGACAAUCAGGUAUUGUUGCAGCGGCCGGUAUAUACGCCUUGGAUUACAACAUUACUCGCCUUGCUAAGGAUCAUGCAAAUGCCAGGUUACUGGCCAAACUGAUAUCAGCCAUCCCCGGCGUUAACAUCAAACUUGAGGAAGUGGAAACUAACCUAGUAUACUUUGAGGUUAGAGAUCAGAAUGGACACCCUACAGCCGUUGAGUUUGUGACAAGAUUGCUGUCCAUGGGGGUGAAAGGGGGCGCAAUGGAUGCUUCAACAGUUCGGAUUGCGACCUAUUUGAACAUUAACGAAGAUGAUAUCAGGGCAGUCAUACCUGCUAUCAGAGAAGUUAUUUCUUCGAUAACUAGAAAAGAGGGAAUAUCUGCAUAA